UGCCACUCGGAAGCUGGGACUAUACUUAUUCAAAACUCACAAGGUAUUGUUUACAGAGGAAUAUGGCUUCAGUUUUUCACCAUUUCCUGAUAGUUCUGAUCUUUCUGGAUACGCAUACAAGUCAGUCUUUCUGUCUGCCUGGAUGUACCUGCUCAGAGGAGAGUUUUGGCAGGACUCUGCAGUGCAUGUCAAUCUCUUUGAAAAAGAUCCCAGGGAAUCUUCCUGAAGAGUUCAAGCAAGUGAGAAUAGAAAAGUCACCCUUAUUUGAACUGCCCCGAGGGUCUUUCAUCAACAUGAGUACCUUGGAAUACCUUUGGCUCAAUUUUAACAAUAUCACUGUGGUCCACCUGGGAGUCCUGGAGCAUCUGCCAGAACUGAGAGAGCUGAGACUGGAGGGAAAUAAACUUCGUUCCGUACCGUGGACUGCAUUCCGUGCCACCCCUCUCCUGCGGGUCUUGGAUCUCAAACACAACAAGAUUGACGCACUUCCUGAGCUGGCUCUUCAAUUCUUGGUCAACCUGACCUACCUUGACCUCUCCUCCAAUAGGCUUACAGUUGUAUCCAAGAAUGUCUUCUUGAACUGGCCGGCCUAUCAGAAACGCCGACAGCUUGGCUGUAGGUCCGAGAUUCUUUCCAGCCUGGUGGUGGCACUGCACAACAAUCCUUGGGUAUGUGACUGUCGCCUAAAGGGACUUGUCCAGUUUGUCAAGUCCAUUACCCUCUCAGUCAUCCUGGUGAAUUCCUACCUGAUAUGCCAGGGUCCUCUCUCCAAGGCAGGGCAACUUUUUCAUGAAACUGAGCUCAGGGCUUGCAUGAAGCCACGGAUCUCAACCCCCAGUGCUAAUGUUACCAUCCGGGUAGGACAGAAUGUGACCCUGCAAUGCUUGGCACAGGCUAGUCCCUCACCAACCAUUGCAUGGACUUAUCCCCUGAGCACGUGGAGAGAAUUUGAUGUGUCGUCCUCUUCUACCGCAGAAGACGUUGCUCUGUCAGAGCUGGCCAUACCAACCGCCCACCUGGUAGACAGCGGUAAUUACACCUGCGUGGCCUCCAACUCCAUCGGCAGGAGCACCCUUGUUAUCUCCCUCCAUGUUCAGCCUGCCCAGGCCCUGUCUGCACCUCAUACUCUUUCCAUUCCCUGGGAGGGCAAUGCCUACGUUGACCUUCGAGUUGUGAAGCAGACGGUGCAUGGGAUCUUGCUGGAGUGGCUUGCAGUGGCUGAUACCCCAGAGGAGGAGUGGUUUACCCUCUAUGUUGCUUCGGAUGAAGCCCUCAGAAAGGAGGUGGUCCACAUUGGCCCCGGAAUAAACACCUACGCAGUUGAAGACCUCCUUCCUGGCACGAAAUAUGAGGCCUGCCUCAGCCUGGGAGGCCAGCCUCCACGCCAGGGCCAGUGUGUGGUCUUUGUGACAGGAAAAGAUCGCGGUGGGCUGGAGGCACGCGAGCGCCUUCUGCACAUCACAGUGGUCCUGUGUGCCGUGCUGCUUGCCGUGCCUGUGGGCGUCUACGCCUGGGCAGCCCAGGGUGCCUGCAGCUGCAGUGACUGGGGACUGUGCUGCUGUCCUCACUGCAGGAAAGGCCCCAGGUUCCCCCGUGCAGCCCCGCAGUGCAGGGAUGGUUCCUUUAGAGAUGAUCCAGCUGCCUAUGAGGAUAGUGAGGGGCACACAGGCACUGAGGAGGAUGAGGAGAAAGAAGGAGAGGAAGAUGGCAGCUGAAUAACCCCCGACAUAGGAUAGAAAUGGUGUUGACCCCUAGCCCCUGAAACCCACCCUCCUUGGCCACUCACUUGGCUCCAUCCAUUUAUUCAACAAUAGAUUUAUUGAGCACCUACUGUAUUCCAGGCACUAAACUUGACACAGGGGGUUCAAUAGUGAAAAGGGAGACAUAGUCCUUAUCUUCAUG